UAUUUUUUUCUCAAUGACUCCUGGAGGAGGUGACGGAGGACCCAUGAAAGACUGUGAAUACAGCCAGAUCAGCACUCACAGUUCUUCAUCUCCCAUGGAGUCUCCCCAUAAGAAGAAGAAAGUAACUUCCAAGAGGAAAUGGGAGGUUUUUCCAGGAAGAAACAAAUUCUUUUGCAAUGGAAGAAUCAUGAUGGCUCGCCAAACAGGAGUCUUCUACUUGACACUUGUUCUUAUCUUGGUUACCAGUGGGCUCUUCUUCGCAUUUGAUUGUCCAUAUUUAUCUGAUCAGAUCACACCUGCUAUUCCUGCAGUAGGAGCAGUCCUUUUCUUCUUUGUGAUGGGGACCUUGCUGCGGACUAGCUUCAGUGAUCCUGGGGUCCUGCCUCGUGCAACACCCGAUGAAGCAGCUGAUCUAGAAAGACAAAUAGGUAACACAGAAGAAAUUGCAAAUGGCUCCAACUCAGGAGGUUACCGUCCACCUCCCAGAACAAAAGAAGUGCUUAUCAAUGGACAAACAGUGAAACUAAAAUACUGUUUUACUUGUAAAAUUUUCCGCCCACCACGUGCCUCACAUUGCAGCCUUUGUGACAACUGUGUAGAACGAUUUGAUCACCAUUGUCCCUGGGUAGGCAACUGUGUGGGAAAGAGAAACUACAGAUUUUUUUAUAUGUUUAUAUUAUCUCUGUCUUUUCUGACAGUCUUUAUAUUUGCAUUCGUUAUCACCCAUGUCAUCCUUCGAUCUCAGCAAACUGGUUUCUUAAAUGCACUCAAGGACAGUCCUGCAAGUGUUCUAGAAGCUGUGGUAUGUUUCUUCUCUGUUUGGUCCAUUGUUGGGCUCUCAGGUUUUCAUACAUAUUUGAUCAGCUCCAAUCAAACAACAAAUGAAGAUAUCAAGGGAUCAUGGUCAAAUAAACGAAGCAAAGAAAACUUUAACCCAUACAGCUAUGGCAACAUUUUCACAAACUGUUGUUCUGCGCUCUGUGGGCCCCUUUCCCCCAGCCUAAUUGACAGAAGAGGAUUUGUACAGCCAGAUACUCCACAGCCAACGCCUCCUUCAAAUGGCAUUACAAUGUAUGGGGCCACACAGUCACAGAGUAACAUGUGUGAUCAAGAUCAGUGCAUUCAGAGCACUAAAUUCGUUUUGCAGGCUGCCGCCACACCACUCCUCCAGAGCGAGUCCAGCAUAAAUAGCGAAGACCUACGUUUACCCGGAAAGACUUCUAUCAGUGCUCCCUGUGCCACAUUAACACUAGGGCAGCCAACACCACCACCCUCCUUGCCAAAUCUUACGUCUGAAACAGGUUUGGCAGACAUGAUACCAUUAAAAGAGGACCUAGAGAGUCACCAAUUCCUUACUCCUGAGGAGGCUCCAUCACCGCCUGGGAUGCUGGCAAUUGGGAGCCCUAUGAGGCACAGCCGGACCAUGCAUAUCCUCAGCUUGGCCAGCCAAGACUCUCUGCAUGAAGACUCAGUUCGUGGCCUUGUCAAACUCAGCUCAGUCUGAGCAUUGUUCAUCACAACAGACCUAAUAGACCUUAAUUAAUCAACAACUGAAUUUGCAAUGCCACUUUUGGACUUUGUAGUGUGUAUGUCAACAAAAUGCUGCUGUAUAACGUCUACUAAAAGGACAGAUUCUUUUUGCUCGGUGGAGUUAACUUCAUUUCAUAUUCAGUUCUUUUGUGGCUUCAUUUCAAUGGUGAAAUUGACUAAAUAGCAGAAAUGUACAUUAAAUUUAUUUGAUGAUUAAUGGCACUUGGCAUCUUAGGAUCCUGGUACUACAAUGUUGAUUAUUAUAGUACUUAAAAAUUACUGGAACUAAGCACCCUAUUCCAUAUUUUAUGAAGUGCUGUGUAGUAUCACACUUGUAGUGAGAUGGGCUACCUUUUUCAUGUUACUGUGCAACCGAUAUUUAAAGUGGAAGAUUACCACUCAUUUGAUACAAACCAGUAAAGGCUUCAGUUGUGGGUUUGCAUGCCACGCUACAGUGUAUGUUACAGUAGUGUUGGUAUUGAGAGAAAGUGCUGUUUUAUUAUUUGUGAGUUCCAAAGUGCUGUUUUCAUGUAAAAGACAGUACAAUGAACUAAUGGGCAAACGUUUUUUUAAUCAGUAAGGUGUUUAUAAAUAAAUGAGCUGGUAGUACUUCGGAUGUGGAGAGUUAUCAUGCUUUGCAUAUCAUGUAACUUUUUCUGAAUUGAGAUAUUGUGUCGUGCCAUACCAUGAAUUUCUCUCCUCUCUUAUGCUCACUUGUCAUUACAUUAAAUAGGAACAGCAAAUAAAAUAGCAUCCUUCAUUUCACUGAAUGUAUGUAGAAUUAUAUUCAUACAGCACAAACAAGAUAAAUAACUUCUUGGAAGAUUUUUUCAAUAGAAUGAUGCAAUUAAGAAGUCCAAAGUAAAACCUAAACUCCAAUUAUGAAUUGUGAGGGGUUUUUUUGUAUAAUGUAUGGUUUUGUAAAAAUAAAAGAUUGUCAAAUUUUAGGAUACAGUAUACCUACAAGUUGAUCUGAAUGUUGGCUAGAUUCUGACAUUCCCUUCCAUUCACAAAAGGAAUUUUAAUCUCAUAAAUAGAAUGGAGGGAUUGCCGUCAAUUUCUCUAUACAACCCCUCCAAGCUUUUCUUCAGAGGGGUGGCAGACUGUCCAAAAUAGCAUAGAAGUAGUGCAGAUAUUGAGGCAACUGACCGAAAAAUGGCUCCCUCCCUUUUUUUCUUUGUUUGCAGGAAUCUCCACUAGAUCAAUGGGUUUUGCAUUCACAGAAAAACUUGUCUGGAUCCAACCCAGUAUCCCCUUUGGAGGCCCAUAGCCUUGAUAGCAAGAAGAACCAUUCAAGUAGGAGGCUUGCAAGGUGAGAAUGCCAAGGUCCUAUACUUGGCAAUGGAAGAUAAGUCACUGCAAUAUACCUAAGCUAUAUUUGACUGAUAAACUGCCCAUCUCAAUAUAGUCAUUUUAGCUAUAUUUUUGUUUUUAACUUAAUUUAUUAUACAGAAUUAUUGGAUACUUUUAAUUUUAGAUUAGGAAAAAUAGUUGAGACUUAAAGAAAGCAAUUUCCCCUCAGGGAUAGCCUAAAAGAACAUACAAUGAGAAUACAAACGUGCUUGUGCCCCUGCAUCUUGUCUGUCUUUUAAGAUGCUAGGACCUGCAAUAAUCUUUUCUCAGGACAAUAUUUAGUGCAGAGAUUUUCAAAAUUUUAAGAGAGUAACUACAGAUGACUAAUUUGAAAGGUAGCAUUGUGUAGACAUUGAAUUUGUUGCAUCUCUGAGACGUGGAGAAAUACAACUCAAAGAAGAAAUAAAAGCACAAUGUUUUAAUUGGAAUAAGGCCAUGUCUAGUCCAGAAAUACCAGUUGAUAUCCUGGCAAGAAGCUACAUACUGUGUACAUUUAUAUAGAAGAUAUUAUUUUUGGUGUAGGAUAAUACAGGCAUCUACGAUGAUUGCAUGUAUAGAGGAAAAAUGAUAUAAACAGAUCCCUCAUUUUCUCCCCAUUUUGCAGAAAACUAUGCAUGCUCUGCUGUUAUCUGAUUGUAAGCCAUUAAAAUGGUUUUGAGCCGUUAAAAUGUUUACAAGCUCUCAUAUAAAGGGACAUUGCCUCUUUUCCUGUGUGACCUCAUAGGAUAAAAUCCUUCAUACAGUUUUCCUUUACCAUAUGCCUAUUCCAAAGAAAAAAAUUACCUUUUAGAUGAAUUAUGUUGGCAUAGAUCAUUGAUUUCUGUACUAAUGGGAGUUAUAUAGAAAAAGACUGAACAGUUGUAAGUACUAGUGUAACAGCCAUAACCUCAUUGACAUUUUCAGUGGAGGUCAGUGGCGUCACAUUUUCAGUGGAGGUCAGGGGUUUUUUAAAAAUCCCUACAUGUAUUGUAAUGUAAGUUUCAUGGUCUCCAUAAAACAAACACCUCAGAGACAAAAAAAAAUUCUCUAAUCAGGUAUUUUUAAAGUUUAUGAGCUAAUAAUGUCGUGAAAUGUGCAGUAAUAUGUCAUAGAAUUAUGCAGCCCAUUUUGGAAAUUGAGAGACCUUGAUUUCUUGGGUGUCUAACCUUCCUAUCAGAAGCACAUUUUGCCAUAUUUCCACUGAGGAAAAGGAAAACAGUGAAAAGGAAGACUGUCUAUUUUUGAGCUUAUUUCAUUAAAGCAAAGUGUUUUUGACAAUAAAAGUAGAAAAAGAAACGUCCAUUUUUGCAGCCCUUCAUGAAUACAAAAUCAGUUUAUAUAAAUCUCAAAACAUACAUCAGUAUUUGAUUAAUUCUGUAUAUCUGUUUAAUAAAACACAUUUUCAUAUUUUAUCAUUUUUCCAGACACCAGAACACGGAGCCUCCAUUCCCAACAGUGUAGAAAAAUCAACUGUGAUAAAUAUUUUACUCCCAUAAUCAUUUCACAGCUGUGGCACUUACACAAAGAAGUAGAACUGUUUAAGGAUUCAUGUGAUUACAGUUUCAUUGAGACAUUUCAUUUUUUUAAAUAGGGGCAGUUGGAUACCCUUAUCAUUCAGAAAUAGCAUCAUGCAUGGCAUACAAAAUAUGGUCCAGGUAGAACUUUUACUGUGGCAGAAUGUCAGAAUGUCAUCAUACAAGUUGUUUUCCUGUCCCUCUCUCUUUAAGCUUUAAAGCGCUGCACUGCCACAUUAGAAUUUGUUGUUUGGUUUACUUAGCAUUUAAGGGAAGAAAAUGUUUGAGAGAAAUAAAGUACUGUGAAUACCUAUUUUAGAACAAAUUUAUUAUUUCUGUUUGCAUUGAUGUACAGUAAUUUUUUGCUGUUUAUAAUAUUUUUGAGUUUGUGUUGAAGAAUAAAAAUACAGCAUUUUUAAGCAUU